CGUGCUUCCGGCGACAGUACCUCCCUCUCGUUUGCACUGUUGAUUUUGUAUGUUCCGAAAUCGGUAUUAUGGUUGUAUGAAAAGCAGUGAAUAUGCUUUCGUAUUUAGUUCUGUGGUUAGACUGAUUGUGUUGUGUGGAGCCGUGAAAUGGUAAUCCGUCAAAUUUUCGAUGAGCCUCACUUGGUGCAAGCAGUCUUCAAGGGCAAUGUCGCGGAGGUGCAAGACCUCAUUGAAAGCGGGGCUGUGGACGAUGUCAACUAUCAGGACACAGAAAGGAGAAGCGUGUUACAUGCAGCUGCAUUUUGUGGCCUUCCGGAGGUGAUAGAUUUGCUCAUUGUACAUGGUGCCAGAGUCAACACCAAAGAUAACCGAUGGGUCACUCCUCUGCACCGGGCAUGCUGCUCGGGUUAUCCGGACGAUGGAUCUCACCGAAGUGUACUUCGGAGCAUGUUUACUCUGAAAGACAUGUCUUCGGACCCUGUAGAUGCCACAAAAACCGUCGAAGUCCUCCUCCGCGCCUCUGCGGAUGUGAACGCCCGAGAUAAGUUCUGGCAGACCCCUCUGCACGUUGCAGCGGCGAACAAUGCUCUCUCUUGCGCCAAACUCAUCAUUCCCCAUCAGAACAACGUCAACAUUUCCGACCGUGCUGGCCGCACUAGUCUUCAUCACGCUGCAUACAAUGGCCAUACGUCGAUGGUGGAGCUUCUACUCCAAUGCAAAGCCACCUGCAACUCAUUUGACAAGAAAGACAGGAGAGCAGUUCACUGGGCUGCAUACAUGGGACACACCGAAGUCAUCUCUCUACUGGUUAAGCAUGGGGCAGAAGUUAACGUACGGGACAAAGAGUUGUACACACCGCUGCACGCUGCGGCAGCAAACGGUCGUCUCAGUGCGGUGCAGUUACUCUUGAAACUGGGUGCUGAAGCCGACGCUCCCAAUGCGUCGGGCAACACACCGCUGCACGUGGCAUGUCUCAACGGCAAGGAGGACGUCGUCUACGAACUACUGGCUGCAGGCGCUUGCCUCUCUUCUCGGAAUUGCCGUGGGCAGACACCACUGCACUACGCCGCUGCAUCAACGCACGGUGCAGGAUGCCUCGAAGUUUUAAUCAGCGUGGGUGCUGAUGUGAAUGCUCAGAGCCUAGAUGGACGCACACCACUGCACAUGACGGCAAUCCACGGACGAUUCACCCGUGCUCAGACAUUGGUGGACAGCGGGGCAAGAGUUGACGCGGCCGACUGUAGUGGCUGCACGGCGCUGCACGUGGCUGCGCGCCAUGGGCACGACCUCCUCGUGGGGUCCCUGCUACUGGCUUCGGCAACAUGUGACACGCACGGUCGAUGUGGCAUGACGCCGCUUCAUAUGGCCGCGCUCGGCGGGUACACCGAAUGCUGCCGCAAGCUCCUGCAGGCAGGCGCGAACCCGAAUGCAAAGGAUGAGAGAGGACGAAAUGCGGUUCAUCUGGCUGCCUUUGGCGGCAAUCCAGAGACAUUAGAGUUGCUCAUUGGCCGAGGAGGCUGCUACGACGUCUGUGAUAGCUUCGAAAGGUUGCCAAUUCACUACAGUACUUGCGGGUCCGACCACGCGUGCCUCACACAGCUGCUCGCCCUCGGUUCGAAUCCCAACCAGCUGGACGUGGACCGUUGUACCCCGUUGCACUUGGUUGUGGCUAAAGUCGCUUCGGCGCCCAAGAGAAACAGCUUAAAUUUCCAAUCCGAGGACGUGGCGGCCUCAAGCGACUGGGACACGCGACACAUGGCUGUGGAAAUACUGCUGGAGCACAACGCGCAGCCGUCAUUUCCGGACAAAGAUGGCCUCACUCCUCUUCACUAUGCUGCAGCGGCCGGUCUAGUCUCUGCAUUGUCUGUGAUGUUGUCUGUGAUGAAAGAAGAGGAAGUGCGGUUAACAACGUCUCCAAAGGGCGUGACACCGUUGCACCUCGCGGCCUGGGGAGGUCAUCGAGAAUGCCUGGAUGCUCUGCUCGUUGCCAGGUGCGAAGUGGACACCCAAGACGAGCACGGAUGGACGCCGGCUGCCUUGGCUGCUCAACGGGGCCACUCCGAGUGCCUCCAUGUGCUGCUCGAAAGGGGGGCCUCUUGUCGAAUGCUCCUGCAUUCAGCUGCUUCCCAGGGACAGAUUGAGUGCCUAUGGAUCAUCCUCGAAUGUGCCAACAACCCUAAGAAGGCAGUGAAUGCAACAGAUAAGCAUGGAAGGACACCACUUAUGCAUGCUGUGCUCAACAGUCACAAGGACUGCAUGAACGCUCUUCUAGAGAAUGGAGCCACCAUAGAAAUCCAAGACAAGUCGAAAAGAACCGCAUUAUUUCGUGCUGCAUUUGGAGGCAAUGAAGCGUGUGUAUCUGCGCUUUUGAAGCGUGGUGCUAAUCCACUCCAUCGGGAUGAACUAGGCAAGACCCCCUUGCACCUAGCUGCAGCAUGUGGUAAUGCUGGUGCCCUUUCCCUCUUGCUGGAGCAUAGUGGCUGCUGCGAUGAGCUGUGCGACAACGGAGACUUCACCCCUCUGCAUUGGGCGUGCUAUGGUGGGCACGAUUCCUGUGUGAAGGUGCUCCUCGAGAAGUGCAAGGCUAAGAAGUUUUGUGGGAAUUCGUUCAGCCCUCUUCACUGUGCUGCAUUCCAGGGCAGUGAACUCUGCCUAGAUCUGCUGUUCAGCUGUUUUGGGAAAGGGAUCGUGCCUCUGAGAGACAAAAAGGAAAGAAGUGCCUUGCACGCCGCGGCAUUCCACGAUAGUGUGCUGUGCCUGCAGAUGCUUAUCAAAGAAGGUGCUGACAUAAAUGCAGUGGACUGCAAGGGGCGCACGCCACUUAUGAUGGCAGCUCGUUCAGGGAACUGCAAGGCUAUAGAAGUCUUGUUGGAACAGAAAGCUGAUGUCCUGAUUCAGGAUAAAGAUGGCAACACCAUUCUGCAUCAUGCAUGCUUGCAGAAACAAGAUGCGUCAGUUACAACGCUACUGGAAAAGGCGGACUUUGUGAAGCUCAUCAACAUGACCAACACAAAUAUGAAGACGGCUCUCCACGUUGCAGCCAGAAAUGGUCUGAUUGAUGCCACUCAGGCCCUUCUCAUGAAGGGCGCAGACGUCUUAGCGACAGAUGUCAACGGACAUACCCCCGCACUGUCCUGCGCUCGAAGCAGUGAAGUUGCGGAGUGCCUUGCUCUUAUCCUUGCUGUGAUGCCGCCACCCAAUCCAUUCCGCAUGGACAGCUUCUCAAGAGUGGGCAGCAUGUACCAGCAGAACAGGAUGCCUGAACCGCUGGGAGAAACCCGCACCGACCCCAUCAGCGAAUCCUACCAAAGCUCCGACUCGGAAUACUACUGACGGUGGUUGCUGCCCGGACUUCUACUUCUGCGUCAGCUCGAUGGCGGAAGUGAAGCUCUUGCCUAGCUCUUCCUGAAGGCAUCUACCGGGCGGCAAAGGUGGACGACGACCUGCGACAAUGCCCUGCUGACACCAGGCAUUGCAAGCUUGAUCUUGAGUCAGUUAUCUCACGAGCUAUCGCAGUUGAAAUGAGAACUUUCAAACAGCGCACCGUUUAGUUGUGCUCACAUUAGGAAACACACCUUCGUGUUUGUGAGAUCCAGCCCAAAUGGAGGAUGGCGGACCUUCCAAAAUUCUCCCACAUAGAAAAGUAUAGAAAACUUGACGCGGGUAUUUAUGUCAUUUACGUGGGUGGACACACGCAGAAUUCGGGGCAGAAUUGGUAUUCUCGAGCUCAGUGAAUUCUGUGUGUUACGAAGUGUACCACCACGGUAAAAAACGUGUACAUAAAAAAAAUGUUAGAAAGACAGCACUGUGGGUGCUUUCUAGCAGGUAGAUUCAGUGCUACUCUCAAUCUACAAGAAACGCCUUGCUGUAUCUCUCAAACACGUUUGUGUGAUUCACUACACCAAAUACGCACCCUAACUUAUCCAUCUUCUUCUGAAUAAUGCUGUCUACUGUGGGGGCUCGCAGCUGAUGACCUGUCUCCACAAGUAUCAACGCGACAGUCGUUUUUUCAAUGGGUCCGACAAUAAUUGCACUAGUGCCAUAGUAGCACCACAUAGUGACAAAAGUUUGACGAAAGCCUGUGGAAUCUUGUGAUGGAAGGAGCUGUUUGUAAGGACCAAUCAUAAAAAAGAAAGGUGCCUCUGCUUGACCUGUUCGCAGCUUAGUGUUCCAACACGAAUGGUUGCUGUUCAGUGAUAACUCUAAUGUAUCCGACUCUUAGAGCAAUUCUCUCAGCACUCUAGUUGCACUGGUCACCCCAACGACGCAGUACAUCCUCUGGAUGUACGAAAAAUGUCCCUCACGGAUUGGUACGUCCGAUGGACAUCCCUCGGACGUGCGAAUCUAUUAGGACAUUAUUCGUACAUCCAGAGGAUAUUCGGUGUUGUUGGGGCAAGAAUGCUUGUCACUUGUUGAAACACACUAACGUCGCCACAUGUAAUACUUACGUGGACCGAACGCAUAUAUACACGCCCAACCUGCUGGUGUCUUUCUUCUGUUUCAUGUGUGCAAGGAGUAGCAAGCAUUCCAAUCUGAUUUUCUAGAGACACUCGGGACGUUGGCCCUAUGACCACCGUGCAAGGGCCCGUAGCUCUAGAAAGUGAUGCUCUGCAGGGAAAUAGAAUCUACCAAGAAAAAGAGUGCUGAGAUUGCGUAGUCUGCUGUGAUAUGGUCUAUCCUUCCACAAGCUGUGUCUUUGUAGUAUACUAUAUAUCAUAACCAGAUUGGUUGUCUCCUGCGUAUCUGUGUUGUUCUCAACCACACAAUUUCUUAAGCCCCAUCCUCUUCCUUUUUUUUUUUUUUUUUUGUUUUACGUGCGUACAGAUGAAGGCCAACAAUGUGAUUUCAUGAACCCAUCCCCCACCACCACCCUCCCUUUUCGGUUCUUUUUAGCAGACGGCACGGAGAAUACGGUGCGGUUGAUCUGAAUCAAAUUUUUGCUUUUCUCCUUUUGUCCCCUCAAACAGUGCAGUCACGUAAGACAUUGCACGCGUUCUUUUGAUUCGCUCACGAUUCCUCAACUACUUGAUUAUGAAGAAGAGAGGAAACGCUAUGUGACGAUGCAUUCCAUCUGUAGAAAUGCUCACCGUAAGAAAUGUAAACGGGGAAACGUUCCAUUAAGGCAUGGCAGGAUCAAACACAUUCAGCGUUAACGUCAACUAGCAUUCAGUUAUUUCUCCCCGUUACUCAUAGCAAGAACAACCUUCCGACAUAUCAGGGGAACGAGUCGCUGCCCUUUCUUUCUUUUUUUUUUUUCUUUCACAGGUAAAUGCCACUAGUGUGGCAACCCGUUUGCCGGUGCCAUUCCAGACACAUUUUUCACGUUUUGAAGUGCGAAAGCAUGCCUUUCAUAUUUAAGAGCUUAACGGAUUGCAGUGACAGGCUAAUCGUGAAGGGCUAACCGUGUACGUGAACUUUCGGAUAACGAUUCGUGUUUUUUUGUACAUGCUCGUGAGUGUUUUCUAAACGACAGAGUUAACAAGAAUGUACACAGUACAAAUGCGCGACAAAGUAUUUUUAAUUCAGGUGCCUAUGUAUUUGCCCCCUCUUCAAAUUUUUGUGUGCCUUUUCUCUUUUCUUUUUUUUUCUCUAUCUUUAUCUUUCCAAAGAAGAACGAUGCAGAGUUUUGCGUUUGGUUCAGUUAAGUCUGCACGCUGGAUCAGUAAAGAUAAAAACGUUCCUUUCGCAACUAGUCAUUGAACGGAAAAAGAAAAAUUGCAAGCUUCCAGCAGAGAAAAAGAGAGAGAGAGAGAAAAUUGCUAAUUGUGUAUUUGUCGCCAGCAGAGAGUUGUGCAAUGACCCUCACUGGGGAUCGUUUGUGCCAGCAGUUUUUUCUCAGACCACUAGCCCCUUCCCUUAUAGCUGUGUGCCUUACCAAAGCUGUGGCUUCCUAUGUUGACGCAUGUUGAAGAGAACGUAAAUAGCGAUUCCAUCCGGGCCCAUGCAUCUAGCGCUUGUGUGGUGUUAAUGCCAGGUGCUUUCUUUUCCUCUUGUUUUUUUUUUUUUUUUCUUUCUUCCACAUGUAUGCAAUGCAAUAGGAAAUGCUUUUUCUAGGCCGCUUUAAACCUUGUGUGUCUUGUAGCGGAGUUUUACGUAUGUACCUCCUAGGGCUCUGUGAACGGUCAAAUUUUCAAACAUGAAUCGAAGAUUAAUAGUGAGAAAAAAAAAGGGACUUUUUUUUUUUCAGUGCCCAUAAUUGUUGAGGCACUCUAGCCAAGCUUAGCGUUAUGCGAGCACAUGCGUGAAUUUGUACAUCGAUUUUUGUAAAGUACCACGCAGUUGCCGCAUUUAAGGGACGAAGAUUUUUAGAUAAGGCUGGGUUAACAUUGUUUUUUUCCAGUGUAUGUCGACUCAGUUUCUCUUUUUCACAGCUUGCAGUUACAUCUGCAUCCGAUUAAUGUGUGGCAUUGACAAGGGAAAUAUGAGUCUACCUGUAUUUGCAUAAACCCUGAUGGCAUGUCCCUGUGAUGAAGCUUGAGAAGUAUAAAAAAAACAAUACUUGAGAUUAACUGUGAAAACUGCAAGCACUGCAGAAGGGUGAAAGGUUUGUUGCUAUUCAAAACUCUGAAUUAUUUUCGCACCCCCAAUAUAUCAUCUUAUUCCCUACAUAUUAUACUCUUCUGGGUCUGAAGCACCGUCGUGAAGAAUAGCCAAAAAAAAGGGCACUGCACGCAUAAUCACAUAUCGUUUGAAACGACCCGCACAAUUUUUGCUUUGUAAAGAAAAAGAGUUUACGUGGACGUGCAAUAGCAAUCGUUUGGCUGGCAUUCCGCAGCAUGGUUCCGAAGGGCUCACGUUGAACGAGCUGUGCCAUAGAAAGCGAAAUUCGUGGCAAGCCUUGCUUUCUCAGCAUUUCUGUGGGAGGCAGUGUUGCUCAAAAAAAAAUAUGUCCUGGUGAUGAUGAUCUCUUGUAGAUAAAUAGCGGUGGGUGUAGCAAAGAGAGAGGUUAUGUGCAUUUGCUCAGCAUGCAUGUGUAUGUGUGUGUGUGUUAUGUGUGUACGUGAAAUGGUACACAGCUUCUGCCAUCCAGAGCUAAAAAGAAUGCAAGGAAGUCUGAUUCAAAGUUGGAUGUGCUCUUGAAAGGGGCCUUUCUUUCCGUUAUCUGUCCUCCUUGCUCAUGGUGUCUCUAGAAUACUCACUACACAUGCCUUAUACUUCACAUGGCCACGGGCUGAUGUGAGACGUGCGGUAGGCAGGGCUAAUCUCAACACAUGACGGGCGGCCUUUCAGCUUCUGCUUCCAUCUCUGUUUCUGUCGCACGUGUGGGUGCGCUGCUUGAUUGAUGCUUGGGGUGCUGAGAUGUAAAACCCAGAUGUGCAUUGAGAUUAUAGUGGCAAGCAUGUUGUAACGGGAUUGUACACAAAGUAGCACGUUGACUUGUUUUGGGGUUUAUGUUUGGACGACAUCUGCGAUUUUAUGUGCUACGUGUUUCUGCUGCGGUCAGCGUACAGUUUUCUUGCGCUCUGUGAAAUGUGUUUGGGUGAAGGUGCUUGUGCAACACACGAACAAUUUGCCUUUGAAGUCAUACCGAGCAUGUUUACCCUGCUUUGCAAUUUUGUUUCUGCUUCUACUUCGCGUCGGAUCGAGGCGAGAAUUCCAGGAAUCCAGCUCGUAAUGUUUUCUUUACGAAGCAAUCCAUCGAACUGUGGGAUAGAUAGAUUUAACAAUCCCAUCCUGUUGUUGCAGGCUUCCUUGUGCAUUUUUGCAAACUCAGUAUUAGUGGCAUUUAUAAUCGGUGUUCAGUGUUGCUUUCAUGUGCGCAGAACGCUUUUUAAUCAUUGUUGCGUGAUGUUUGCGCAUGGAGAUUGGCGAAUUCCUUUCACUAUAUCCGGAAAUAUGGCGUUAUGUCUUCAGAACAUUGAGUAAACGUUGCUUUAGUGUGUGUCGCUCUCAAGGAACAAGCCCUCCCGUUGCGAUAGAAAAGGAAUGUGAGGAAUAAAUAAACGGAGGUCGACUAAUCAUGAUUUAAUUAAUUGAGCUGCGUAUAAACUUGACAAUGUGUCUAAAUAAAUAGAAAAUUUAUAAUAUUUCGCACAAAAAAUACUGGGGCUAUUUCCAUGGCAAGAUAGUAGAACGAGUGUCCCACAAUGAGUCGUCACAAAACAUUCUGUGCAUGCAACCCAUUAGUCUGCAUAUAGUGAAUGGGCAUCGCUCUUUUUUGCUGCCUUGUAUGCCAUGCAAGGUUUGGAUACACACACAUGGCCCCAGGUGAAAGACUACAGGGUUUAUGUUGGACGAGGCUGACCUUGUAGACAGCACGCAGAGAUAAAGACAGAUCAGUGGAAGAUUGUUUUUUACACUUAGUCGAUUGCGACUGUUUGUUUCACCACUCGGUUCGGUUUGAAGACUUCGUGUAUCUCGUGUACCUGGUGCACCCAGCUUUGGUUUCACUGGAUUAUGCUGCCAAGGUCUAAAAACAUUCUCUAGUCCCAAUGUUUCCCACAGAAUUUCUUUGCUUGUCAUUUCUGUGUACCACACUUCACAAGGCACAAGGAGUUUCGGAAAAUAUUUGCUCACUGAAUCCUUUCAUGACUUUUUUUUUUUUUCCCCUUAUAAACUAGUCCCCUAGUUCCAUAUGCAAUUCCAAUCACCGAGUGCGUAUAUUGAAGCACCAGAUGAUCGAAUAUUUCGUGUGCUUUACAGGGAAUCUUGUACAUACUAGCAUGUAAUUGUGUGUAAAGCCAUCUUUUUUUUUUUUUUCUCCAUUCUUCAGCAUUUUUGUUGUAGAUGUGCGAUUCAUUUACAGUGGCAGUUACUUUAGACCAUAAAGUGUUGUAGUGUUUUGCACUAUUUCUUUUUUUUUUUCUUAUUGAACAACCAAAUCAUAACCAGAACUGUGAUCCUGGAACAUAAUUGUGCAUUAUUAUGAACUUAAAGCACUGCAGCAGUCUAAAGAACAAAGAAGCUGCAUGUGUCGUUUCGGUUGCUAUUCCGGAGAUAUGGAAUCUCAGCUAAAUGUGUAACGACUCUUACAUGCAGCGGUUAAGUAGCGUGCCAAAACAAACGGGUUUAAAUUCUGCUGUUAGUGUGUUUAAUUAGACGAAUGACGGGGGUGUUGUUAUUUUCUCGGACGUUCCAAGUUAUUCUUGGUGUGGUACUUGCAAUACAUCUUGCAAUAUACACUACCGCACAUUGUGCCUCAUGCCGCGUGUGGUAACUUGAAGCUGACCUGCAUGAGGUGUUGCUGCUCUCCCAUGCAUAAAAACAACGCAUCUGAACGCGUGGCACAUUGAUGUACCGUUCCAGAAAAAAAGUAUAAUCCUCUCGUGCAUUAAUAGGAGCAAGUUAUGUGAGGACGGUGCUGUCUAUUCCCUUGUUAUGCUUCUGUGUGUGUGUGUUUGUGUGCCUGUGCUUUUUUCUUUUUGUUUUUUAAGUCUCAGUUUCACAGGAGCACUCACGUGCACAGUGUUGACGUCUCCGUUGUCUUUUGGGCAGUCUUUCAAAUAGUCUAGUAAUGCUAGCCUUUCCAGGCUAAUAGAGCUGCCAACCUCUCAUUGGGUGCAAGGCUGCUCUUGCUCAGUGAAAGAGCUCUGUACGACCUGCCUCAUGUUGAAUUUCAAACCUGUUUUUUCUUUUGACAUCUCUCUUUUCGAUUGAAAUUAUUUUACAUUAAAAAAACAACAACAGAGAGCUGCUGGGGUGUACCCUGACGAUGCAAUCAUUGAACAAUCUAAUGUUUUGUCGAUUUGUGUAAAACACUUACUGUUUGUUUAGUUUUUUUUUACUGAUAACACUGAUAUAGUGCAUAAAGUUGUGUGACAGUAUCUGUAGUGAUUGCCUCUUCUGCAAAAGUUGGAAAAGUUAGGAACUGUUAGCAAAGAUAUGCAGUGUGAUUCGUAGAUCCAGGGAUCAGUACCACUAGCAUGUACAUGCUUUGCUUCAGACAUAGCACUAGAACGUGCACAUGCUGUUGUGGACUCACUUGCAGGCAGUUUGCCUAAUUUCACGUUGGGAAUAUUAGCACCGCCAGUUACAGUGGAAGUUAGUGAGAAUGCUCAAAGCCACCAUCAUGGGCUGUGAGUCUCUCUGAUUGUUACACACAACACAUUGGGAACACAGCGUACUAUAGCGCGGUAAACUGUAGUAUAACCAGUAAACAUUGCUUGGUGCCAAGCUGGUGCUGGAUGAACACCUCCAGAAAUGGCACAUCCAUUCCCGACUGGCUUCUGCUGUGAUUGCGUGUUGUCGCGGUGCGAGAUGAUCUCCACGACUUGCCACGAUUCAGAGCUGCUAUUACGAUGAGCUAGUGCAUAAGCUCGUAGUUCAUUUGGUGUGCAAAGUUGAGCCGAGCGGUAGAACGUGUAUAGCAACACCAAAUAGACAUAAUGUCAAUCUGAACCUGGAUGCCUAUUACGAUGUAGAAAGUGCCAUUCUUGAACUGGUUUCGUGCAACAACUGUACCCUGCUUGUAUGUGUGCUCGUUGUUCACUGUACUGGGCUUUCUGUUUUCUGUGGUACCCCUGAUGCUGGCAGCACCCAAGUACUGGUCAUUUUUGACACAUCCUGCCUCCUGAGUUUAGUUUGUAAUGUCGUAGGCAGUACCUCAAAAUCUGCAGUGGUAGUAGUGUCCCUCGGGCUGCGAAAAGUAGCGCCCUGUGUGAAGUCAAUAUGUCAAAGAGCAUUUCAGUAGCAGCCGACAGAGUUUAUGUUAAUUUAUUAGGAGCGUUAAUUUGCCAUCACGUGUUGUCUCAGGAGCGCUGAAUAUUUGGUGUCUGGACGUCCCUGGAGAAGGUGGUGACCCUUUUCCCCAAACCUAGGAGGCAACAUAGAGUGGGUUAAAUAUAACAUUCCCUUUAACUUUUUUUUUUUCUUUUUUUCAUUGGUGCCUUUGACAUUGCUGACCCUGAAGGGUUGCCAUAAUUCAGUGCAUGUCAGUUAGUUGAAUUGUACCGCGCUGUUCUAAUUUGACACUGUCUCAGCAGGGUUGAUCUAGUGACCUUUAUCUAACUGUGAUAAAGUCCAAAACAAUUUGUAACAGAUUGAAACUACUGUGUCAUCAGUAUGUGUUUAAUGCACCUAUACCUGUCAUGCAGUGUUUCAGAGUAGCCUAUUGUACCAUCGAAUGAUUAUGCAUUUAAAAAUAAAAAGGUAACAAUUA